AUGCUUCAAAAAGUCGUUGCCUACGCUGCGCUUGCCACAGUGCUCCCACUGUCGGCCUCUGCCGCUAGCAACGUGGUCGUCGAGUCCCUCCCUGCCGUCCCCAAGGGCUGGGAGAAGAUCCAAGAUGCCGACCCGGAUCAGAAGAUCCGUCUCAAGGUCGCUCUGCGCCAGCCCAACCUUGCUCUCUUUGAGCGCGAGAUGUACGCCGUCUCGUCGCCGAACAGCGCGCGCUAUGGCCAGCACCUCAAGCGCGAGGAGGUUCGCGAGCUGAUGAAGCCCGACCCGGAAUCGACCUCGACCGUGAUGCAGUGGCUUGAGAAUGCCGGUAUCCCGUCUCAGGCAAUCCACGAGGACAGCGACUGGAUCAACAUUGUCACCUCGGUGCGCAACGCCAGCGCUCUGCUCAAGGCCGACUUUGGUGUGUACGGCCAUGUCAACAGCGACCUCAAGAAGAUCCGCGCUCUUGAGUACUCUGUGCCCGACAACGUCCGUGACCACAUUACCAUGGUCGCCCCCAUCAUCAGGUUUGGUGAGAUAAAGCCCAAGAGGAGCAUCGUCAAGUCGGUCGAGGACGCCAAGGGUAGCAUUCAAGCUGCCGAGGUCCCGACGGGCCAGCUAGACGUUGCCGCAUGCAACAAGACCAUCACUCCCGAGUGCCUGCGUGCUCUGUACCAGAUUGGCGACUACAAGUCGGCCGGCAGCCCGAAGUCGCGUUUCGGAAUUGCUGGCUACCUUGAGGAAUAUGCUCGAUACUCGGAGCUUGAGAAGUUCCAGGAGGUCUAUGCUCCUUACACCUUGGGGUCUAACUUCUCCGUUGUGUCCAUCAACGGCGGUCUCAACGACCAAAGCUCGACCUCUGAUUCCGUAGAGGCAAACCUGGACAUGCAAUAUGGUGUUGCACUUUCGUACAAUACCAAUGUCGUGUAUUAUUCCACGGGCGGUCGCGGACCUUUGGUCCCUGAUUUGGACCAGCCCAAAGCCAACGAUAGCUCCAACGAGCCUUACCUGGACUUCCUAGAGUACAUGAAGAACCUUCCGGAUGAUGAGCUUCCUCAGACCCUGACCACAUCGUACGGCGAGAACGAGCAAUCCGUUCCUCGCGAGUUUGCCAUCAAGGUUUGCAACAUGUUUGGCGAGCUCGGUGCCCGUGGUGUUUCCAUCUUCUUCUCGUCCGGGGAUGAGGGCCCUGGAUCUGCCUGCCAGUCAAACGACGGAAAGAACACCACUCGCUUCGACCCGGCCUUCCCGGCAGCUUGCCCGUACGUCACUGCUGUUGGCGGCACCAGGUACGUCGCCCCCGAGACCGGCGCUGCUCUCGCCGGUGGCGGCUUCUCCGACAUCUGGCCCCAGCCCGAGUGGCAAAAGUCGGCCGUCGAGAAGUACCUCGGCAUCCUGGGCGACCGCUGGAAGGGCCUGUACAACCCCGCUGGAAGGGCCUACCCGGACAUUGCGGGACAGGCGUACUCGUACCACGUUUUCGACUCUGGGAAAGACGUCUUGGUCGCCGGCACAAGCGCUUCCAGCCCGGCCGUCGCCGCCAUCUUCUCGCUGCUGAACGACGCAAGGCUCGCUGCCGGCAAGCCUCCCAUGGGCUGGAUCAACCCUUGGCUGUACGAAGUCGGUCUCAAGGGCCUCACUGACAUCACCGUUGGUGGAUCUCGUGGCUGCACCGGAAAGUCCAUCUACAGCGGCCUUCCCGCUCCCAAGGUGCCCUUUGCGUCGUGGAACGCCACUGAAGGCUGGGACCCCGUUACCGGUCUCGGAACGCCGCUGUUCGACAAGCUCCUGAAGCUCAGCUCGCCUGGCGCUCAGGUUCAGAAGAUUGCCAACUAG